AUGGCAGACGUCGACCCCAAGGUGAGAGAAGCUGUGCGCAAAGCCGGCCCCGCCAAAUUCAACUAUGCGGCAUUUAUUAUCCGAGCAGUCCUUUUCCAUAUGUACUUCAUUCCGACCACACUCAUUCUUUUUCCAUUCCUCAUUUUUAAAGCACUCCUUGGUAUCGGACGCUACAGGACAUGGACCACUGUGGAAACUGUGGGCGUGUGGUUCACGAAGCGUGCCAUUCGCAAUCUCGUUCGCUUCCAGAUGCAGCCGAUUCCCGCGCGUGAGAACGGUUUGCGCGAGAUGAACAACCUGCUCGGAACGCUGCUCGCAAUUCUCAACUUUGGCGGCCCCGGUGGUUAUGUUAUUGCUGAUUCCAAGCCACAGACUAAGCUGAUGGAUAUUAGCUACAAUCGUGUAGGACGCAAGGAUGCCGAUUGGUUUAACCCUAUGCCCCUCGAGGCUUUCAAGGGUAUCUUGACCAUCAACACGGGCAGCAACCGGGUCACGGACUCUGCUAGGUACGACGGACCCGCCUUGGUCGACCCCAAGUGGGCCAACACGCGUAUCAAAGGCUACUGGUACAUGCGCAACAACACUGAUGUGCCGACUCCGCGCGCCUAUGGCACGCAGCCUCGCCCUGUGAUGCUUUACUUCCACGGUGGUGCUUGCAUUGCUUUCGGUGCUGGCGAUCCAUUCAUGAGCUUGUCGCUCUCGCGUACGGCGGCCAGGUCUGGCAAUGUGGAUCUCUUUUCUGUGGACUACCACUUGGCCCCCACCAGUCCUUUCCCUGUGCAGAUCACGCAGGCUCUCGCAGGCUACUUCCAUCUCAUUGACGGAUACGGUUACAAGCCCGAUCAAAUAUUCAUUGGUGGUGAUAGCUACGGUGCAUGGCUUGCGCUUCAAAUGGAGCACUACCUCCGCAGUGACGGCAACUUUAUCACGGAGCGCUGGGCAAAAGACAAGGCGCCGACCAAGUCGGGUGUCCCUGGUCUCUGCCUCUUCUCGCCCUGGCUCUUUGCCUACGAUAUCGACACGCUUGGCCGUUCGAAAGGAGGUCUUGGCGAUACGUACGAUAUCAUUGAGCCCGCGUUGGGCCAUGCGGGUGUGGACGGCCUUCAGGUCGGUCCCAACCACAAAAAGCGAUGCCCCUUGGCUGUGGACACGCCCUGGAUCAGCCCUGGUACGUACCCCAAGGAGGACCUUGCUAUUCUCCCUCCCAUGUUUGUUGUUAUUGCGGAGCUGGAGGCCCUCUUUGACGAGGAUGCCAUGUUUGUCAAGAAUGUCAAGGAAGCCGGCGGAAGCGUCGAGCUGUACAUUGGCAAGGGACUGGUGCACGACUAUGGUGCGAUGGUCACGUUCAACAAGCAGUUCAAGCACACUUGCGAGCUGAUGCGCGCUUGGUUGAGCCAACAGAAAGCCUUUGCCUCGCAGUAG